CGUUUCAGCUAAUUUUACAUAAGAACUCGGUGCAGAGAAUUCGAUUGGAAGGCUUGGCUUAGCCAAUGUGGAGCUGCUUGGCGUGGUGCGCAGUUCUCUGUACAUACUUGGAUCCAAUCGUACUUCUUUAAGUUAUCCGCCAUCUACUACUAGACUACCAGUACCAUGGCCAAGGUCCAUUCGCUGCUCUCCAUCCGAUCCUUGUCCACAAAAGUCCUUUUGCUUGGUGCUAUCAUCACCUUCUUGAUCACACUCUACACAUUCUCUUCUCCAUAUUCUUUUCGCAUAUCAAAUUGGUCUUCAAUAUUUUCACAGGAACAACAGCGUAGUCCCUGCACUCCGGAACAGUGGUCAAGUGGGCGUUGGGUAUAUAGCCCGACGUCUGACUUGGUGAAUUUAACGCGUCCAGAACAGGCACUUUCCUUAGCCGGUUUUGAAGGUUGUGCUGCAGACCGUGAAUACCACUGGCAUUUGGGCACAGACCACGAAGAACUAUGGGACAGAUUUCCUAAGGUCUCUUCAUACAGGUGGUUGCCUUCGAGCGAGUGUGAUGUCCACCCUCUCAAUGGCGCAGCGAUGGUCAAGGACAUGGUAGCAAAUGGCGGAUGGCUUUUACUGGGCGAUUCGAUAACAGAAAACCAUUUCUUCUCGCUGUCGUGUCUCUUGUACCCGCAUGUCCGCGCAACCCCGAAUUACACUGAAAACCCUUACUUUGACCGUGCAUGGCAGCAACAUUUAUACCUGUCGCCAUCGUCACCCAUAAUAUCCGAACUCAUCAUGCCGGAGGGCUUCUCCAUCGAAAACACACCACUCGUUACAUUCCGACGUGUUGACCUGCUUCUUAAUGGAACAGAAUUAGACAUGAUAUAUCACAGUCCAGCAUUUUCUCUUGAACCCACCGGGUUGGACAGUCAAGAUCCUGGUUCUCAAUACACUAAGGCAGAGUCCGUAUUCGGCGAUGAGGCAUUUUGGUCUCUUUCCCCGUCAGAAUACAUGGCCACUCUCCUUGACUCACCCCCGGAUGCCAACUAUGGCACGCUGGUUGUGAGUACUGCCGGACACUGGACAACAGGCACGUUGCGGGCAUUUUACGACGAGGACGCUGGUGAAGAUGCUGGCUAUGGUAUCCACAAUGUAUUGGCAUUCUUCAAGGUUGCGAUGCGGGCCUGGGCAGGUGAAGUACAGGACGCCAUCACAGAAUACCACAAAAACGGGGGCAAACGUCCAAAACAGGUAGUCGUUAGAGCGUAUCUGCCUGGUCACGAGAACUGCCACAACAUCUUCGAGCCCACGGAGACAAUCACGCCAUGGGUCAAUAAGUGGUAUAAUUGGCCAUGGAUUCAGGACUUCAACACAGAAUUCCAGGAACUGCUGUCAUCAUCCGAAUUCCCAGACAUUCACUAUCUUCCGAUCGAGAGACCAGGACGGCUGCGCCCUGAUGCUCACGCCUCUGGAGAUUGUUUGCAUCUCAUAUCAGGUACUGGUGUCAUCGAGGGAUGGUCACACUACAUCUGGCAUUUUGUUACGCGCGAACUCAAACAGAAAGAUAUCUCUCACCACUAGACACUGAUCUCGAAGUAGCUCGGGGCCCAGAUACCAUAGAGAGAUACCCCUUUUCUAAGGAAAGAACACUCAGAUCUGCAUGUAUAUAUGACACCAGGUCGCACGGACUAUGCCUGUACCACCUCAUACCACAGUGUUGGUUACAGAUAAAGCAUUUUGGAUAUCGAUCAGGGUGUUUCCCUGGUCGUCCUGUUAUCUACCUUCAAGUUUGAUGAUUCCGCGGGUUCAGCGUGUUUGGACGUGACCUGACACUGAUCUCCCACAAGGCCAGUUACAGGAUCUACUUCGGAGAAGCUUCACGUUCAGAGGCCGCCAGCGCAAGAACGUAUCUUGAAGUGAUUAUCGUAUAUGCAAGAAGGCGAAGAAUGUCAUC